AUUGUAGUUCGAGCAGUUUAAUUAUAAAUGCUUGGUAACUAAGUGGCUUGUCAGGAGGUUAAUGUUGCUUUUAUCGUGCAAGGCACAUGGGUAUUCGACAUGACUCGAGCCAUUGCUAAAGUAGGCUCUUGAGAGUUGAUUGGGUGGCACAAUGUGCUUGUGCAUGUAUCUAAUUUGGAUUGGUUUAGUUCAAUAGAGAACUCGGAUGAUCGGAUGUUUGUGCUGGGCCUGGCGAGGUUCCAUUUUAUAUUUACAAAAUGCAUGAUGUUUAGUUUACACCUAGUUUGAGUUAAAAGGAUUCAUAAUUAUGUUCCCUUUAUCUUGUUACUAUAUGAUGGUCCAACAUGGAUGAGGAUUCCUAUAAUGUUUUUAUCUAAGCACUUAGCUGUUUUGAGAGAUGGGCUCGUUUGGUUGUUAAAUUCAACUAAGUUUAGCUUAAUUUUAAACUAAAUUUAACAUUUAAAUAUAAACUCUCAAAUUAUUAAAUCUAUCUCAACUUAAAACUUCUUUACAUGUGAGACUAACAACAUUUUUUAACUUUUCAUAAAUAUCUUUAAACUCAUGUUAGAUGAGUUAUACAUAACUUACUUCAUCAAUUCAUCUCACAACUAUUUAAAAAAAAAUUAAUUCAGCUCAACAUUCAAACACAGUAAUCAUUGGUAUUCUCACUGCUCAAAGGGCAUCAUUUAUGUUGUGGAGUUCAAAUACUCUUAUCUAUCUCUCUCUACAUUCUAUAAAUGUUUGGAUAAAACAAUUGUAGAGGAAAACUGAUCAGACUAAAAUUGAUGCUUGCAUUGUACUUGACAGCCAAUAUGGAUCUUCUUCUCUUUUUUUUUUUUUUUUUCUUUUUUUUUUUUUCUGAGGGGGUAAUGACAAUGAGAAAUGCUUGGUUUAUAAAUAUAUUUUAUAAGAGCAAACUGACAAAUUAACAAGUUUUUACGUGGUACAUAGAUUGUAAAGCACAUUUUAUUAUAAAGUAAAUUUAACGGAUCAUAUUAAAUUACAUCAUUUUUAAAAAUGGAGGAAAAGAAGCACAUAGUGCAUAGUGAUUGAAGGCAUUAUUAUAUCUUAAUUAUCACUACAUUAUGCUAUAUAACGUGCAUGCUUAAAAGCGAACAACAGGAUUAGAAAACAUCUAAAUACUCCAUGCAGCAAAUGUGAAGGGGUUUCAUGCAAAUAAGGCAUGACAUGCCUCAUGAUAGUCACCAUGAAAAAGAAACCGUUGAGACAUUCGAAAUGACUGUUAGGAAAUUUAUAAUUUAUGUUAGAGAAUGUUCUUUAAAAAAAAAUGGAUGAGGAGUUCCAUGACAAGUUGGUACAAAAUGUCUUGGACGGAAUGAAAAAUAGGCAAGUGUGAGAAAUAGAGAAAAACCUGGAGGUAAUAAAGCCAACUAGUCAAUUGACAUCCUAUAUCCACUCUUGGCCAAGCAGAUGCUGUUUCUUCCCUCACUCUAGCAGCCUCUGCAAGCCAAGGCUUCUCCACUUACAAGUAAUUUCUCACUUUUCCAUCUCUCUCUCUCUCUCCCUCUCUCUCCCUCUCUCUCUCUAAGAAAAAUAUGUGGCUAAUUUUGAAUUAAAGGAUAGCUUUUAUUAUUUACCAUUUCAAUGAGAGAUAAAUAAAGAGCAAAGAGUUGAAAUUGAGGGUCACAAGUAAGUUAUUGUUUCACUUGCUUGUGACUUUUUUGGAUUUUUCUUCUGCAUUUUGAGAGGAAGGUAGAAGACAGUUAUGCAUCAUUUAGCAGGAGGAAAGAGCAAUCUUGUUGAUUCAGGUUCAGAUACAAACAACCUUGCGUCUAGAGGCAACAAUGAUCAUCCCCUUUGCCCGAAGCCACGCCGGCUUGGGGCUGCCAUACCUGAGUUUCUCAAGCCCCAGAGAUGCAGCAAACACAGCCAAUUCAACACAGAUGGACGUAAAGAUAUUCUGAACAUAAUUUCUGAAAAGAAUACAGAUGGAAGGGAAACUGUCUGCAAUGGGUGCACACCAUCAUGUUUUCCAGGGUCUCCUCCGGGAAGAACGGAUAAUCCUUUGGUUCAUGAUGUGCAGUUUGUUCAUCAGAUGGAACUUGUUUCACCAUUUACGCGAACCAAGCUCUCCGAUAAGUUUGGAUUCACCUCUGCUUCCCCUAUAUGAGUUUCAGAAAUAAAGUGCAGCUAGCAGUUUGUGGAGAAAAGAGUGUGAUAGUAUUAGUACGACCAAAAUGAGAUAAAAACUUAAAUACCAUUUUGAUGGGAGUGUUUUUGGUAGUUUUUCUUUUUUUAUGGUAUAACAUGCAUUGUGCCUUGUAAAUAUUAUGAGAUGAACGAGUUAAAAUGCAACUUGUACAUGAUAUUGUCAAAAAGAGUUACCUAUUUUUAGUA